UUUGGCACUAUUAAUUUUAACAGCACCAAAGAUGUGACUUUUUGGGCAGCUUGCCUUGUUGCCUUCUUUUCCUUUUUCAGGAAAUCUAAUUUGUUAGUGCCAUCUUUACAAGACUUUGAUCCAAAUAGGCAUUUAAGCAGACAAAAUAUUCAAUUUCACCCUGAAGGUGUUAUAUUACACCUUAAUAAGACUAAAACUAUUCAGUUCUCUGAAAGGUCAUUGGAGGUACCAUUACCGGCUAUUAGAAAUUCUCCACUUUCCUCAUGUCCUGCGUUUUUUUUCAAAGAAGGCGGACAGAUUGUUCCUCUAACUCACUCUAGCUUUCUUACCAGGUUAAAAGAUUCUUUGAAGGAAAUAGGCAUUGACCCAACACAGUAUUCAGGCCAUAGUUUUUGCAGGGGUGGAGCAUCAUUUGCCUUUCAAUGUGGGAUUCCAGGGGAAUUAAUACAAGCCCAAGGUGACUGGAAAAGUGAUACAUACAAAAGGUAUCUGGACCCUUCCUUUUCCUACCAACAACAAGUGAUGAAGUCCUUUGCUAAAGCCCUUCAACAGUAACUUCUACUUUCUACUAUUUGGUUUGGGCGUUUCAUUUGGAGUACCACAGAUUUUUCAAAGACUGUUUGUGCAAAAUGAAAAUAUUAUUGUUUCAUUGUUAAUUGUCUUUAUAUAUGAUGCAAAGAUUAAUUAAACUGUGGUUAUUUGCCCAAACCUGUAUUAUGUUUUCCUCUACCUAUGUCUAUGUGGUUAUACAUGACGGUAGGAGUAUGAGACUCUAUUCAGCUUGGUUCUUGCAGUGGCUGUAUAAGAUCUGAUCUUGCUUCAAACCAUGUUAUAGCACCCCACCAUUUAUGAGUUCACAUUAGUUGUCACACAUACACACUACAUUUAUAUAAGGCCAAG